CACAUUCCGAGCCAUGCCUUGUGUUGAACCCCACCUGACGUGUCCCGGCCAAAUCCAGCAGCCCAGCCAACUUCCCGUUCCAUUCGCGCCGGUCGCCAUCGCUGGGCCAGCCGCCUCCUCCACCUUUUGGGCAAGUUUACAUUGGACCCGUCGUCUCCUCCGGUCCGGCCGCCACCGGAUCGCCCAGCUCAAACCAGCCCACCCACCACCUACCACCUAGCCGUAAGCUUCCACCGCACCACGCAGCCAGCCAACCAUGGCAGCGCCCACGCACCGGCUCCUCCUCCUCCUCGCGCUGGCGUGCGCGCUCUGCGCCGCGGCGGCGGGGGACCCGCGCACGUCCGUGGCGGGCCAGUCCUGCGCGCCGGGGUCCGCCGUCUCCGGCUCCGUCCUGGCCGACAACUUCGUGCCCGCCAUGGACGACCUCAACAGCAACGUCAGCGCCAACGGCUUCGGCACCUCCGCGGUGGGCGCCAGGGGCCCCAACACGGUCUUCGGCCUGGGCCAGUGCCACCGCGACCUCUCCCCGCUCGACUGCAAGCUCUGCUUCGCCGAGGUCAGGUCGCUGCUCCCCAAGUGCUACCCGCGCGUCGGGGGCCGCCUCUUCCUCGACGGCUGCUUCGGCCGCUACGCCAACUACUCCUUCCUCGGCGAGGCCCUCGGCCCCGCCGACGCCGCCGUCUGCGCCCCCGGGAACGCCACCACCAACCCGCGAGGGUUCGCGGACGCGGCCAGGGCCGCGCUGGCCAACGUCACCGAGGCCGCGGCCGCGCGCGGCGACGCCGACGGGUUCGCGGUCGCGUCCGCGACCGCGGGGGGCGCCACGGCCUUCGCGCUCGCGCAGUGCUGGGGGAGCCUCAACGCGACCGCGUGCGGCCAGUGCCUCCGCGCCGCGGCGCGCGCGGCGGCCCGGUGCGCGCCGGCGACGGAGGGCCGGGCGCUCUACACCGGCUGCUACCUCCGCUACUCCACGCGCCUCUUCUGGAAUGUGAACGCCACGGCAGGGUCAGGAUCAUCAGGAAAGAAUGGUGUUGGUUGGAUAUUAUUGGGUUCCUUUCUAGGUGCUUUUGUAAUUGUCCUCGUUAUUGCUUUUCUGGCUUGGAAAAAGGGAAUUCUAAGGAGAAAGAAACAGUCAAAAUCAUUCAUAGAUAUGUAUGGAGAUGGAGUCUCUGUCAGAAUUGCACAGUCUAGUUUAAAUUUCAAAUAUGAAGAGCUAAGGAAAGCAACGAAUUAUUUCGAUCCAGCAAACAAACUUGGUCAAGGGAGCAACGGAGCUGUAUACAAGGCUGUUAUGCCAGAUGGAAAAGAAGUUGCUGUCAAGAGGCUUUUCCUAAAUACAAGGGAGUGGGUCGAGCAGUUUUUCAAUGAAGUCGAACUCAUUAGUCAGGUUCGCCAUAAGAAUCUAGUGAAGUUGCUUGGCUGCAGCGUGAAUGCCCCAGAGAGCUUGCUUGUUUAUGAAUACUACUUCAACAAGAGCCUUGAACUAUUCUUGUUUGAUGCAAGUCGUAGCAGAAAAUUAACCUGGGGUCUGAGGGUUGGUAUCAUUCAAGGCAUCGCAGAGGGACUUUCUUAUCUCCAUGAGGAGUCAGAAACACGGAUUAUCCACCGAGACAUCAAAGCUAGUAAUAUUUUGUUGGAUGAUAAGUACAAGCCCAAAAUAACAGAUUUUGGUCUUGCAAGAGCAUUUGCAGCAGACAUAACUCAUCUCACAACUGGUGUCGCUGGAACAUUAGGUUACAUGGCUCCUGAGUAUGUCGUGCACGGCCAUCUUACGGAGAAGGCUGAUGUCUUCAGCUAUGGCAUUCUUGUUCUCGAGAUUGUAACGGGAAAAAGAUGUAGCGGCCCAAUUGGCUCACACGGAGGGCAGGCGUUGUUAACAAAGGUAUGGAACCACUACAAGGGCAACACAGUAGAGACGGUUAUCGAUCCGAUCAUCUACGAAGAUACGAUCCGGGAUGAGAUCUUGCAUAUAGUGCAGAUCGGGCUGCUAUGCGCCCAAGCUUAUCCUGGCGACAGGCCUGCGAUGCCGAAGGUCGUCGAACUGCUGAGAAGCCACAAGCACGAUGUCGAAAUUGUCCUGAGUGAUCCUCCAUUUCUGAAUGUUGAGGGGGUUGAGGAUAUGAAGCAAGGCGAGCAGUCACGUUUGUUGUCCGCGCACUCUGGUCCUUCAGUGUCAGGGUCGUCUCGGUCUUACUUGAACGGAAGAUAAGCCCAACAUCUGUUUUCCAUCUCCCCCUUAUUUAUUCCUGCGACGAAAAGAAUCUGUUUUUCCUCUUAAGAAUUGUGUGUUAAGCCGAUAGAUUCUUCAAAAUGUUUUUAUAACCAUACUACUUGAUACUUGUACAUAGAAUAGAUAGAAUCCUCUGUCUUUUUAGCUAGCAAUAUUUGUACAUAAGAUAUGCUGAAUAAAUGAAGCUGCUAGCUCAUCGAUGAAA